CUUCCCCGAGCGGUUCAAGCGAGAGCGGGAGGGCAGAGUCGCUCUCACUCGAGAGGCGCGCGGGGUAGAGCGCGCAGCUACCAUGUCCGGCUCCGGCAGCGACCGUGGCGACGCACCUCGGCGCUCCCGAAGCCAGCAGCUCGGCUCCCCCGACGGCGGCACUCCUCGACGCCGGGCGCGAGCGGGCGACGGGGAUGGCGGCGGGCGAGGCAGCGAAGAAGAGGACGGGGCGGCCGGAGGAGCGGAGGGCGCCUUGCCGGGGCCGUCGGGCGGCGACGGGGCGGACGAAGCGACGCGGCGGCUGCUCCGCCAACAGUACCGGGAGCUCAUCUCCUCCGUGCAGCAGAAUCGUGAAAUGAUGCUGAGCACCAGAAAUGAUAAACUCACAGAGGCUUUGGAAGAUGCGAAUAGACUAUUUACAGGAGUGUCCCGGGCAAGGGAGGCUGCUUUGGAUGCUCAGUUCCUAGUUUUGGCAUCAAAUCUAGGAAAGGAAAAGGCAAGCCAGUUGCACUCGGAGAUGUCAGUGUUUGAUCCAUCGGAGUUUGCUGAAGAUUUAUUAUCAUUUAUGGGUUUAAAUCGCCUGGAAAGAGAAAAUAGCGAUAGCGAAGAAGAACAGGCUGAUGGUGGAUUUUUGCCUAGUGAUGCUUGGACUAAACUAGGUCAAGAAGCAAUGAAGUAUUUUAGAAGAGCACCCGUUUUCCACUGCAUGUUGGGCACUUUUACUGCUGAUCCUCCUGUCGAGAGGCCGCGAGUUGAGCGACAACGAAAGAAGCCAGGAUCAAAAGAAGAAGGAAGGGCAAUGCCUGCACAGUUGAAUAAAAUGGAAGAAUCUCACGAGGAAGCUACAGAAAAAGAAGUAGAGAGGAUCUUGGGACUCUUACAAGCCUAUCACAGAGAAGAUCCUAAUAAUCCAAUAUCCUUCCUUGAGUUUGUGACUGAUCCAGAUUCUUUUGCACGAACUGUGGAAAACAUGUUUCACGUUUCAUUCUUAAUAAGGGAUGGACUUGCAGGAAUAAAGCUGGAUCAGGAUAAGCUUCCUGUAAUAGAGCCUUUAACGCCUGAAGAAGACAAUGACGAGGAAGCUCAAGCACGGAAACAAGCAGUCAUAACGAUGAGUUAUCAAGAAUGGGAGAAUAUUGUGAGGAAUUUUGAGAUUUCACAGCCCAUGAUUCCACCUGCCAGAAAGACUGGGACAUCAGAUGGAAACGGAGAGAAUGUAAGGUGCCUUUCAGGCCUAAAUCUUACCACAGAAUCGUUUUAUGCUAUUCCCAGUGUGAUUCUUCCCUUUAUGUACAGACUAGAGGCUACGCUGAUUGGUUGCUUUGCUUCCCUUCACUCACCAACCCCAUUCCACUUAGACCUCCUCCUGCCUCUUCCGCUCAUGCUGCCCUCCUCACCCCAAAACUAUUUCAGCCUUUGCAUCAGAGUCCAAGGAGGAGGGAAGUGGUAGGCGUUGGCAGAGCAGAAUAGUUGCUGUACAGCUGCCGUGUCCUGCCUUCCUCUGUGACUUGCCUGAGCUGCCAGCCUCUGUCUCCCUCCUCCAUAUCCCUCACAUUCUCCCUCUGACACUGCUGAGGUUAAAAUGGCAUCAUUGGUGUGAGGUGGGCAAUGGCGGCGGCAGCAGCAGAGUAAGGUUGCUGCUGGGGCACUUCACCAGCCUGUCUUGAUAGUACUUGCACGGUUCUCCUGGGUCACCCACCUACCUGUAUUUGCUACUGCUUCCCUUCUACUUGCCCUGCAAAGCAGCUGUUGACCAGCAGCUCUCAUAAUUCUAUCGCCACCUAUCAGCAGCCAAGCAAACUGCACCAUUAUGACAGCCUUACUUUUUUAUUAUAUUUGAAGACAUAACAAAGCUUACUUUGUAGUGGCUUGUGUUCUAUUUAUU